AUGUAUACUGCCCGCUUAUCGCAUGCAAGGGCCGGCGGGUGUAUUCACUUGUGUACCUUGAUGUAACAACAUGUCACCCCCGAGAUACCAAGAUUACUCCGGAAUCUCAUUACAUUCUUCAGCACUCCUCUAUAAAAGCCCAAGCAUCUAACCUGUGUGCUCGCAUCAUCCAAAAAAAAAAAUUAAUCCCACCAUAUCUCACCCAAUCGUGGUUAUAUUCGAAGCCAUGGAACGUCCAAUUCUUCUUCGACAACCCAGGUGUUUUGUCUCGCUUGAGCACCCAGACCCAAACUCGAAAACCUCCCUGCCCUCCCUAGAUGAGAUCGUUGGAACUUGGCACAUCAUUCGUACUUCGGUACCAUUCUGGAAAGACAAACGUAACCCCACCGUUACCUUCCAGAAACAUUCCGAUUCCACUUCAACCACCUCGUAUCUCGAGAACUCGACAAAUUAUCAGCCCUCAACAUCGACAAAGAUCAAGACAGUCAACGGUACGGACAGUCCAGUCACCGAACAACAAGGAACAUACGAAUGGCGAGGAGCUGGCUGGCUAAAGGUUGCGAGUAGCAGCUGGGAGAUACUUGGCUACGAGAAAUCUGGCGUGAACGCAUGGCUUUUUGUCUAUACACCCGGAUCAAUAUUUACAACCGGUGGCUUGAUUUUGUACUCCAACAGCAAGGAGGGUCUUUCUGAGGGAGCGUUGGAGAGACUUGAAGCGGUCUUCGCCGGCUGGAAACACCCAAAACUCCAAGAAUUGGUAGUAUCUAUGUACGAUACUAGAAGAGAUUAA